AUGUGGAAGCCCCCGCUAGCCUGUUCUGAGCAGGGCGGAGCGGUACGCGCUACAGAAGAACAUCAACUACUAUUUGCGUUCUCAUGCUAUCCUCUCGAAAUCUUCAGUUUCCUUUUCUGCUUCCCUAGCACCGAAAAGCCAUUGCUGAAGAUGGAUAUCGAUCACAAGUCCACAGAUGCUAGCCGUGAUGGCGAUCAUGUCGAGAGAGCUGCCCACGCAUCUGGCAGCGACAUCCGCGACCCUUCAUAUGUCGACCAUCGCGCCGACGACGAUCGAGCAGAUGAGGCCAAGGGACGCAACUCCGACAAGAUUGACAAGAGCUACUGGCUGUCUGUCAAUUUCCUCGGAACCAUGUUUGCCAUUGGAAUGGCCUUCAUGGGAGGCAUCGGUGGUUACGGUUUGAUCGCACCCGUCCUCACUCAGAUCAACGAAGAACUCGGCCCGGACCCAAAUAUCAACUGGGUUCCACUGGUCAAUCUUGCUGGCGGUGCCAUCUUUUUCUUGAUGGUCGGUCAACUUUCAGAUAUUUUCGGAAGACGAUGGUUCUUCACCAUCGGUUCAGUCAUCGCACUGAUCGGGUCCAUCAUCGGAGCCACCGCGCAGAACAUCAACACACUCAUCGGUGCGCAAGUUUCCAUCGGUGUCGCAGUCGCGUUCCAGCAGUCUUUCUUCUGGGUCGUUGCAGAGAUCGUGCCUUUGAAAUGGCGCUACCUCGCAAACUCGUACUGCUAUCUGAUGACGACGCCAACGAGUCCUUUGGCCGCAAGAGUCGCAUACAGCUUUCAGGGCUAUCCCGGAGCAUGGAGAAAUAGCUUCUGGUUCCUCACAGCCAUCAAUGCUACCAGCGUCAUUUCUUGGUACCCGUUCUACCACCCACCGACCUUCAGCAUGUUGCACCGAAAGAAGCUGGCGAGGGAUUUCCUUGUCAAUUUUGACUGGAUCGGUCUUGUUCUUUACAGCGGAGGUCUGUGUAUCCUCAUCUUCGGUCUCAACUGGGGAGGCCAGCUUUACCCAUGGUCCUCUGGUCAAGUCGUCUCCACCAUGGUUGUCGGUGGUAUCACUCUAUUCGGCCUCCUGCCUGCGUACGAAAUUUUCAUUUCCAAGAAGGGCAAGGAACCAUAUCUGCCACUCCACUUGUUCAAGAACAUUCGCUUCCAGUCGGCUGCAUGGAACACUGGUAUUGGCGCUUGCGUGUACUAUGGCGGUGCCAUUGUCUUCCCACAAGUCGUCACAAUCCUGUACCGGGGCAGAGGUCAAAUCAGCGAGUACCACGUGGGAACUCUUGCUGGACUGAUCAACAUGGCUUUCGUCUUCGCACAGAUGUGCCACGGAUUCGUGGUCUACUUCUUCGGUCCAAAGUGGUCCAUGAUUGGAUCUGCCAUCAUUGCGGCAGGCCUGAUCACCGCUUGCGCGACCGAUCUCAACAACAAGACGCUCACGCUCGGCCUGCUUAUCCCAGGCUCUUUCGCCAUUGGCAUUGUCGAAGCCGUCUCGAUCACAACAUCCACCUUCCCUCUCCGCUCUCAGGAGGAAAUCGGUCAAGGCGGUGGUUUGAGUGGCAGUAUCCGUAACUUCACCUCUGCCAUUGCCGUCGCUGUCUUUACUGCUACCCUCGGCAACCGUCUUGCUGUCACCAUUCCAGCGAACGUCAAUCCUGUCGCGACCGGUCUCGGGCUCCCUGAAGGCUCGCUGGUGGACCUCGCAGUGGCUGUGCAGGGCAGAGCACCAUACGAAUCGGUCGCAGGCAUGACUCCAGAAAUCCAGGCUGCCGUGCAAGAGCCUUUCCGACAGGCGUUCGCCCAAGCAGCCAGCACCGUCUUUCUCGUUACGCUCGCCUUCACCGGUACCGCCAUCAUCCUCGCGUGCUUCACGACCGAGAACGAUCAAAGCACUGAGAACUAUGUUGCCGGCAAUCUACACACCAUGAAGCAAGAGAAGGAUUUUGGAAAGUCUGCUGAGACCGAGAAGAAGAUUGAACAGAAUUGA